AUGGUGCAACUAGUGUGCAGUACCAGCUUUGUCGUCCAGUUCCACAGAGACGUAGACGUUGAAAGCUUUGUUUCCAAGUUCUACAUCACGAACCUGGGCCACUUGUCUCUGCAAACAGCAGGUGAACUCGACUUGUCGUCUUUCCAGAUUGGCGAUUUCAAGGGAAUCACUGGCAACUUCACCACCGAGACCGUUUCGUCCUUGUACAACGAUCCUAAUGUUGUUGCAAUCUCCCUUGACCGGGAACUCGUUCUCUCAGAGGUUCAAGAGUAUGCGCCACUGCACUUGACCAGGCUUUCACAGGUGGAGCGGCUACACGCUGGACAAAGCAUGGAUUACGUGUAUGAUCCUAGUGGUGGAAUCGGUGUAGAUGUCUACAUAUUAGACUCUGGUAUACAGCUGAACCACCCAGAUUUUACACACAGGGUUCAUAAAAUUGCAGACUAUACAGGCCAGAGUGUCAGGGACCAAACAGACCCUGUGGGCCAUGGAACGUACAUAGCUGGCGUCAUUGGUAGUGAAACCUUUGGUGUGGCCAAGAAGGCCAACUUGUACGAUAUAAAGGUCACUGACAACAGAGGUCGUACCAAGUUGACAGACGUUAUAAACGCGUUGAACUUGAUAGUGAGCGAUUCACGCAUUACUGAGAGACCAUCGGUUGUUGUCAUCCCGCUUAUAAUGAAAAAGAACUUGAUAUUGAACGGUGCCGUUGAGGCCGUUGUCAACGAGGGAAUCCCAGUGAUAGCGUCUGCUGGUAACGACGGGAAGUCUGCGUGUGACUUCUCUCCGGGAAGCGCAAAGGGCUCAUUAACUGUUGGUGCAUUGGAUGCACAGGAUAGAAUUGCCUCCUUCUCCAAUUGGGGGCCAUGUGUUGAUAUAUUCACAUCUGGAGUCUCAGUGGAGACAACGUCUCUCAGAGGUGGUGCAUCGACUUACAAAUCUGGAACUUCCCUAUCAGCUGGGAUCACUGCAGGAAUGGUUGCAUACUACAUGGGAAUGGGGGAUACUGGUCCACAAGCUGUUGAAAGAGUUGUUAAAUAUUCGUUGAACGAUCACAUACCAUUGGUGAGCUUAGAGGGGAAACCACAGACCCCCAAUAGGAUCUUGUUCAACAAUGAAGGUGAGCCAAAUUGGGGGCCGUCCGAACAAAUCAACGUGAAUUGA